ACGGAGAACGUGACUGCGACGUGCAGGUCAAUGAACCAGGCUCAACACCCCUCUUUUUGGUUCAGUCUAAUGACCGACAUUUUGCCCUUACGUCACUUCCUCGCCGCCAUUUCUUGACCUUCAUGGUGCGAGUAGCCGGAGAGGAGGCCACCAUGGACAAUCGGGAGGAAGUAUUUGACGCCCUGAAUGAUUUUGAGAAGAAACCAACGAAAGAUAUUCCCCCGUUAUUGGAGCAGUUUCUAAGCGAAGUGGCCAAAACGGGCGAAACACUGUUCCCUUGGCCCAGACUCAAGCCCCUGCUGGUGAGCAAGCUGGACCAGGUGAUGACCGAGUUUCACCAGGAGAUCCCAGUGGACCACUACCCCCCCAACACCAACAUGGAACAGGUCAAGUUCGAUGAUAUGAGGGACCGGAUCAUUAAAGCUGUGGAGAGGUUUCAUGGAGCUCCAUUCACAAUUCAGAGGUUGUGUGAGUUGAUCACAGAUCCCAAGAGACAUUAUAAGAGAAGUGACAAGUUUUUAAGAGGCAUUGAAAAGAAUGUGCUGGUGGUAAGCACUGUGGACCCGUUUGGAAGGAAAGUUGUGUCUGAAUCCCGGAAUCUGGUGAAUGGUCUUGACAGCAAUGGCUGCACCCAGACCGGCAAUUCUCUCCCACCCCCUCCUGUCCCCUCUUGGCCCCUAAACAACCCGGGGGUGGCGACAGUGUGGCCCAAGUCCAAGUCCGACUCCGAGGAAUCAGCACCCAGUCCUAAUGAACAGGAAGUGGAUUCAUCAGAGGAAGAGCAACAGCACAUGGAACCAGAAACACCGGUAGAGGAAAAAUAUUCCCCCCCUUCACAAUCACAGCCUGAUGAAUCAUCUCCAGGGGUUGAUGAUUCCGAGGCAGCAUCUAUGGACACAAUUAAAACCGACGAAUCAGCAGAGACUGAACCUGAGUCUAUGGCAGCUGAAUCAGGGGAGGCUACUCCAGCUGAGAUGCCGGAGAGUGAAGAAAGUCCACCUGUGUCCGGGAAUGAGGCAGCAGUGUCUGAAAGCGAGGCAGCAGUGUCGGAGAGUGAAGCGGUGUCGGAGAGUGAAGCGGUGUCGGAGAGUGAAGCAGUGUCGGAGAGUGAAGCAGUGUCCGAGAGUGAAGCAGUGUCUGAGAGUGAAGCAGUGUCUGAGAAUGAAACAGCAGUGUCUGAAAGUGAGGCAGCAGUUUCUGAGAGCGGGACAGCAGUGUCGGAAAGUGAAGCCCCGGUGUUGGAAAGUGAAGCAGCCAUGUCGGACAGUGAGGCGGCAGUGUCGGAGAGUGAAGCAGUCGAGGAGGAGCCUGUCAAGACUGAAGACAAGGGAGAUCCAUCACAGUCUCCUGAAUCCACCCUAGAACAGACACCGGAUAAUGGUGCCCCUGAGUCAGCUCCAUCACCAACACAAGAUGGAGAACAGGUUUCCUCAUCACAAGAACAUCCACCCGUUUCACCCGAGAACCAACACAUAUCUGCAUCCGAAGCUGGCCCUGUGUGUGAGGAGGGUGUAGCGUCAUCCUCCGAGGACCCCACCGACCGGCUGUGUGAGUCGGAUUCCAAACAGACUGAAGACUGUGGCAGUAGUGAGCCGGCCAGUUCCACAGAUCCUGUUUCUGACUCCAUGUGUGCGGAACAUCCACCCGAGAAGGAAUGUGCGUCUUCCUCGCCGAGUUCUUGUGAAAAAUCAGACCAAGUGGACUCUUCGGAGCAGAAUAUGGACACAGAUUCUGAGAAUUGUCGGACUUCAGAACAGACAGACAACCAAUCAGAACAGCAGCAAUCAAAGGAAGUGCAACAAGACACUCAGACAGACACAGACUCGCAGAAAGAGGAACCGAUGGAUCAGGACUGAUGUGGUCAUGGUGCAUUACAUAUAUAUCGGGGAAAAUAUCAGUGCUGAAUUAAAUCCAUGAAUUGUAAAAAUACCAAUCUCAGGUCCAAAAAAUUAUUCAUACCCUCAUGUCAUCUGUAUGUACAUUUUAUGUAAGUCGUAAGUCAAUCCAUUGUCCGAUGGUAUUUUGUUUUCAUUGUCGAUUACUGAUGUAGAUGUUUUAAUUUUGUGUACAGCUGUUUAUAACGACCUAGGAAAUGAUAGUUGUGCCUUGCUCAAGGAGUGAAUAUGUCACUGAUUUUACAUCUUCAUUUCAUGGCUUCAUUGUCAUGCCUAUUUAUGAUUCAUGAAGACACAUUUGUCAAAUUAUCCGAAAUAAAGCUAUGAUAAACAGAA